AUGCCAUCUCCCAGCCAGCUGAUCCGGUGUUCGUCGAUAGUAGCGGUUGCAGUACUCUGUGUCGUCACGAAGGCCCAGAGCUUAGAGUUCUACUACCCUGACUUUUCUGCGCAGAAUUCGACUGAUUUCGUCUUCAGCAAUAGCUCAAGCAUCGGUGAUGGUUCUCUGCAAAUCACACCAAAUUCCGGCAACCCAGCUUACCAAUCGGGAAGAGUCUUCUACAAGGAAGCCUUCAAGCUACGCAGGAGCAAUGGAUCGAGCCUUACAUCCAUCAACACUUCCUUUGUGUUCAACAUCCGCUCGCUAUCUCAACCAGGAGGGGAAGGCCUGGCUUUCAUCCUCACAAACAACCCAAGGCUUCCGACCAAUAGCAGCGGGCAGUGGCUUGGCGUGGUCAACAAUCGAACCGAUAACAUGACCGCGAACCAUAUCGUUGCCGUCGAAUUCGACACCAGGAAGAGCUACGCCAAUGACCUCGACGACAACCACGUCGGCCUCGACGUCAACGGCAUCGAAUCCGUCUAUCAGGUGCCGUUUGGAGCUGUUGGCAUAAACAUUUCGAGCGGCACCGAUGUUGGAGUCAGCAUCUCAUUUGAUGCCGUGUCAAAAUCAUUUCUACUCUCUGCUGCCUUGGUUAAUGGCACAUCGGCGAUCAGUAAUACUCUGAUGUUUACAUGGUUGAUCGAUCUGUCAGUCUACUUGUCGGAGGAUGUCUGGGUGGGAUUUUCUGGAUCCACUAGCAAUUUCACUCAACUGAACCAGAUCAAAUAUUGGUCUUUUAGCUCGCUGGACACCGAAGACAUUGGAACGCCGAAGAAGAAGAAGAGUUUGAGAUCGAUUUGGUUGCUUACCAUGCUUCCACUGUUGCCUGCUAUUGCCGUUUUCUUAUACCGGAAGAAGAAGGAGAAAGGGAGACUAUUUAGAUACGACAGAAAGAUGGUGAGACAAGACAUAGAACUAAUCCUCGAGGAUUGCAGCAAGCGACCGGUUAGAUUUCAGCUAAAGGAGCUCAAAGAUGCGACGGCCAACUUCGAUCCAAGCAGGCAGCUCGGCAAAGGCGGGUUCGGAACUGUCUACAGAGGUUACCUGAAGGACUUCGACAUGGAAGCGGCUGUCAAGAGGAUCUCAAGGAAUUCGCACAGGGGAGAGCGAGAAUUCAUCGCGGAGGUGACGACCAUCAGCCAGCACUCGCACCGGAACCUCGUGAAACUGAUCGGGUGGUGCAACGAGGACAGGGAGCUGCUCCUGGUGUAUGAAUUCUUGCACAGAGGCAGCUUGGACAGGUAUAUAUUUGGGAAGGAGGGCACAGUAGCAGAGCUCCCUGUUCUUGAGUGGGCGACGAGGUACAAGAUAAUCUCCGGGGUGGCCUCCGCUCUGGACUACCUCCACCACGGAAGCAUCAAAAGGGUGCUUCACAGGGACAUCAAGGCGAGCAACGUGAUGCUGGACGACGAAUACAAUGCCCGGCUGGGGGACUUCGGCCUGGCGCGAGCCAUCGAACGCGACGACAAGUCCCACCAUUCCACCACCGCAGUAGCUGGAACUCGAGGUUACAUGGCGCCCGAGUGUUACUUCACCGGCCGGGCGAGUCCCGAGACUGAUGUGUAUGCCUUUGGUGUGUUCGCCAUGGAGGUCGCCUGCGGCCGAAGGCCCGGUAACAACUACGUUCGACCCUGCGACGAGGAGGCUGAGUUCGACGGAGGUGGUUCAGAUUACAUCGUGGACUGGUUGUGGGAUCUACAUGGAAGUGGGAGGAUCUUGACUGCAGCGGACCCGAGGCUGAGUGAAGAGUACGAUGAGGUGCAAAUGGAACGCGUGCUGAGGUUGGCGUUGGCAUGUUGCCAUCCAAACCAUCAAAAGAGGCCAUCGAUGAGGAUGGCUCUCCAGGUUCUAGGCGGCGGAGCUCUUCCUCCAAAUCCUGCAGCUGAGAAGCCUGCUUUCGUGUGGCCUGUGAUGAACACUCAACAUGAGAUCGAGCUGCCUCUCGUGGGGCUACUUUUUGUAGGAGGGCGCCUGAGUCAGAGUUCCAUUAGUGGAAGAUGA